AUGUUCGCUUCUAUCGACGCUCUCCUUUGUUCAGAAUCUUCAGCUACUCCAACUUCAUCAUCUUCCUCACCUCCGCUUAUCAACGUUGAUGAGAGCAAGACGAAGAAGGAGUUCGCUGCCAUAACGACUUCUAUUCCUAAUAAUUCAACUAAUUAUUGUUGUUCAACUACCUCAGUUUCAUCUCCAGCACUCUGCACUGGAUCAACAGCACUAUCACUAACCUCUCCUAUCACUCUCGAUUCUAUGACUUAUCCUCUCAUGACUACCACAGUUCCUUUCAUUUAUGAUCAAAUUGCUUUGACAUUAGGUGCAUGGCAAACGUGGGGUAAGAUGCGAAGACCCCGGACGGCCUUCACCAGCGAGCAACUCAUUGAGUUAGAAAGGCAAUUCGCUGACAACAAGUAUCUGAGCAGACCCCGACGUUAUCAAUUGGCUCAGCAACUAUGUUUAACAGAAACACAGGUGAAGAUUUGGUUCCAAAACAGACGGAUGAAAAACAAGAGAUGCCAACUUCCACUGGGCCAACCGAAUGCAGCAAAAAAUGAGUGA